CUGCCGCGGCCGCCGGAGCCGCGCCGCCGCCUUCCUUCCCUCCCCUAUGGAAGAGAUGGAAGAGGAGCUGAAAUGCCCGGUGUGCGGCUCCUUUUACCGGGAGCCCAUCAUCCUGCCCUGCUCGCACAACCUGUGCCAGGCGUGCGCCCGCAACAUCCUGGUGCAGACGCCGGACUCGGAGUCUCCGCAGAGCCGCCGCGCCUCGGGCUCGGCCGUCUCCGACUAUGACUACCUGGACCUGGACAAGAUGAGCCUGUACAGCGAGGCGGACAGCGGCUACGGCUCCUACGGGGGCUUCGCCAGCGCUCCCACCACGCCGUGCCAGAAGUCCCCGAACGGGGUCCGCGUGUUCCCGCCGGCCGCGCCGCCGCCUCCCGCCGCCCUGGCACCGCCGCCGCCGCCGCGCAACGCGUGCCUGACCUGCCCGCAGUGCCACCGCAGCCUGGUGCUGGACGAGCGCGGGCUGCGGGGCUUCCCCCGAAACCGCCUGCUCGAGGGCGUCAUCGACCGCUACCAGCAGGGCAGGGCGGCGGCCCUGCGAUGCCAGCUCUGCGAGAAGGCGCCCAAGGAGGCGGCCGUGAUGUGCGAGCAGUGCGAUGUGUUUUACUGCGACCCGUGCCGCCUGCGGUGCCACCCGCCGCGGGGACCGCUGGCCAAGCACCGCCUGGUGCCGCCGGCCCAGGGCCGCGUCAGCCGCCGGCUCAGCCCCCGCAAGAUCUCCACCUGCACCGACCACGAGCUGGAGAACCACAGCAUGUACUGCGUGCAGUGCAAGAGCCCCGUCUGCUACCAGUGCCUGGAGGAGGGCAAGCACUCCAGCCACGAGGUGAAGGCGCUGGGAGCCAUGUGGAAGCUGCACAAGAGCCAGCUUUCCCAGGCCCUGAAUGGUUUGUCAGACAGAGCCAAGGAGGCAAAGGAGUUCCUGGUCCAGCUCCGCAACAUGGUGCAGCAAAUCCAGGAGAACAGUGUGGAGUUCGAGGCCUGCCUGGUGGCCCAGUGUGACGCCCUCAUCGACGCCCUCAACAGAAGGAAAGCCCAGCUGCUGUCCCGGGUCAACAAGGAGCAUGAACACAAGCUGAAGGUGGUGCGGGACCAGAUCUCGCACUGCACGGUGAAGCUGCGCCAGACCACGGGGCUGAUGGAAUAUUGCCUGGAGGUCAUCAAGGAGAACGACCCCAGCGGCUUCCUGCAGAUCUCAGAUGCUCUCAUCAGGAGGGUGCACCUGACCGAGGAGCAGUGGGGCAAGGGGACGCUCACCCCACGCAUGACCACGGACUUCGACCUGAACCUCGACAACGCCCCUCUGCUCCAGUCCAUCCACCAGCUCGACUUCGUCCAGAUGAAAGUCUCCUCCCCAGUGCCGGCCCCGCCGAUCCUGCAGCUGGAGGAGUGCUGCACCCACAACAACAGUGCCACUCUGUCCUGGAAGCAGCCCCCUCUGUCCACGGUGCAGGUGGAAGGAUACAUCCUGGAGCUGGACGAUGGCAACGGCGGCCAGUUCAGGGAGGUGUAUGUGGGCAAGGAGACCAUGUGCACGGUGGAUGGGCUGCACUUCAACAGCACCUACAGCGCCCGGGUCAAGGCUUUCAACAAGUCAGGAGUCAGCCCCUACAGCAAGACCCUGGUGCUCCAGACUUCCGAGGACACGCAGUCAGAAGAACAGACCCUCCCUUUUCCAGUGCCUUUGGAAAGAUCGCAGCUUCGUAGAAUGAGUCCUUUCUCCUCCACCCUUAAUCUGCAACCCAGCUUCUCGGGGAGAUCCUACUUUGAGCUAAGAUCUUCGGCCCACCAGCUGAGCUUGCAUUCUUCCUUACAGUCCCUGAAUUCAGCCGGAUGCAAUUUUGACACGCAAGGAUCGCCUUACUCCCAAUUAGUUGACAUUAAAAAAAUGGUGGCAGUCGCUUGGUUCUCUUUCGACCCCGCCUCUGCCCAUGCCGACAUCAUCUUUUCCAACGACAACCUGACUGUCACCUGCAACAGCUACGAUGACAGGGUGGUGCUGGGGAAAACGGGCUUUUCCAAAGGGCUGCACUACUGGGAGCUGUCCAUCGAUCGCUACGACAACCACCCCGACCCGGCCUUCGGCGUGGCUCGCAUCGACGUCCUCAAGGAUGCCAUGCUGGGCAAGGAUGACAAGGCCUGGGCCAUGUAUGUGGACAACAACCGCAGCUGGUUCAUGCACAACAACUCCCACACCAACAGAACCGAGGGCGGGAUCACGAAAGGCGCCACGGUGGGAGUGCUGCUGGAUUUGACCAGGAGGACUCUGACCUUCUCCAUCAACGAGGACCAGCAAGGACCUGUGGCCUUUGAGAACCUGGAGGGCCUCUUCUUCCCCGCCGUCAGCCUCAACAGGAACGUGCAGGUGACGCUGCACACCGGGCUGCCCGUGCCCGAGUUCUACGCUUCGCGCUCGGCCAUGCCCUGAGGAUGCUCCCGGAGCCGGCUGCCUCUUCUCGGCAUGAUGAGAGGAGCCAGCCCGUUCCCUCCUGCAGGACGAGGUGUCCCUGCCCAGCUGCCAGGUCCCUGCUCGGCCACCAGGUCCCUGCUCGGCCUCUGGCCGGAGAUGGGGACGCAAUUCGGGAAGGAAGAUCCUGGCUUUCGGCCGCCUCCGCUCUCCGGUCUCCGCGCUGUCCCGUGUGUGUGCGCUUCGCUCUUUAGCUCUCUUUGGCUGAUGAAGUACCUAGGUAGCCUGAGCUGUUCUCCUGUGUCCGCUUUUAGGUUUGGUUUUCCUGAUUUGAGUUGGGGUUUUUUGGGGGGGAGGGGGCAGUUCCGUCUCGCUUUCCCCUCCCGUGGGGCCAGCCGGAGGGACCCCACCACGGGAACGCUUCUGCCCGCGCCAGCCCGGUUACUUUGCAGGAUUCUUUCUUUCCCCUGUGGCCUUUCUUGCAGAGCACCCUCGGUCACGUGUAGAGGUGGGUCCUGGAUUACCAGUCAGUCUCCAUGUCCUUACCAAAACACCCCUCUCUGUCCUGCCCACCCCUGGGGCGUCUCUGCGGGGCAGGGGGUGGCCUGUCCUGUCCCCAGGUGCUGGCAGGCCCUUGGUGGGGUGCCCAAUGCCCACGGGGGGCUCUCCGGGGACCCCCCCACGCCUCGGUGCCAGCACACGCGCCACAGCCAUAGACCGCGGAGCCUCGCCCGGCUCUUCGGAGAUUAGCGUUUAUUUUUUUAUAGUUGCCAUAUAAAGCCUAGCCUUAAAUUCAACUGAUAGUGUCCUUCCAAUCACCGGAGAAUUGGUUCUGCAGUGAGGGUCUGACACAGAGCCCGGGGGUGGGGAUGGGAUGGGGAGGAAGGAGAGCUGGACCACAGCCCCGCCACGCACUCAGGAAUACGCGCCCGGCGCUUCCCGCCGGCCUCCAUCCCCUGCUUGACUUUCUGGUAAUUCAGAGGCGGGAGAGGAACGGUGCCAGCCCCGUGGCCGAGCCGAGAGCGCCUGCACGCUCAUGUCCCCGCGGAGCCGGGCCGGGCACUCAUUCCCCGCUCCGCCUGGGACACGACGGGAGCGCCGGCCCAGCAGAAAAACAAGUGUAAAUAACCCAUUCCCUCCUAGCGUUCCCUCCUCCAGGACAGUCCCGUUCAUUCCCUCGUUGCUCUAGCGUUAAGUUUUCCUAAUUUAUUGGAUGGGUGCUAUCUCUCGUUGACUCCCACCAAGGAGUCGCUCCCAGCUGCCGGAGAGCCGCGUUGCGGGACAACGCCGGGCAGCUCCUUGGUGUUCCUGAGGAGCCCCCGUGGCCGGCUCACCCGGGGCUCCUCUCUCAGCCGUCAUCCCCCGUUCUUUAGGGUGUUCAUGGUGCUUCUUAGAGUCCCAGUGAUUGUAAGACGUCGUUCCCCUCCCCGUGUUGCGCGAUGGUAGCUGCACACAGCCGCUGUACUGACCACGAGUGUCACGUUUGCCGUUCUAAUAAAGGACUUUUACGAGAGAAGG